AUGUUAGCGAAACUCACGGCUACGGUCCUUCUCUUGGCCACUACAGCCUACACGGCAGCCAUCGCUCCCGUCUACCAGUAUGAGCUGGGACUGAACAGCACGGCAUACCAACAAAAGUUCAAUGAGCUCGUUAAGGCAGGAUACCGCCUCACCUAUGUCAGUGGCUACCCUGACGAGCACAACCACACACUCUUCUCAGGAAUAUGGAAGAAGACGAGUACCUCCGUACCUUGGGUGGCUCGACAUGGCCUCACUGGGGCUGCUUACGACGCACUUUCUGCCCAGCUCAAGGCCCAAAAGUACCACCCGGUCGUUUUGAAUGCGUACAACAUCGAGAAUGGAGAGCCAAGAUUCGCAACUAUCUGGGAAAAGCCGUCAGCGGCCGUCACUUGGCAACAGCAGCGGGACAUGACGGAAGCGGGAUUCAGGGCCAAGAUAUCUGCCCUUAGUCCACUUCGUGUUACCACUCUUACCAGGUACACUGUAGGAAAUGAGAUGCGUUUUGCUGCUACCUGGGGAAAGCGCACGACGGCAGACUGGCAUGGUGAUUGGUAUCCCGCCCUUGGAAAGCCUCGCAUGGACAAUGGUCCAAUGGCAGAUGGAUACAAGGCAAUCUCCUUGGACGCCUUCUCGGUUAAUGGACAGCCCAUGUUUGAUGCAGUCUGGCAACGAUAUAGCUCCGGGGGUUGGGAUCAGGCGGUAACAUACGGCCAGACCUGGGGUACUCGUGAAUCGUUCGAGUCGGGCUACAAGUACAUGGCUAGCCAAGGGUUUGGACCUCGCGUAUUAACCGGCUAUUAUGUGAAGGACUGCGGUGUUCAGUACGUCGGGACAUUCGAGAAAGAUUAG